AUGCAGCAGAGCGCCGCCCGCCUCCUGGCCGCCGUGGCCGUGGCCUGCCUGGCGCUGGCUCCAUCCGCGUACGCGCAGGGGACGUCCGACUCCGGCUCAGGGGCGAUGCCGUCGUGCGCGGCGAAGCUGGUUCUGUGCGCGGGGUACCUCAACUCCACGUCCACGGCGGCGCCCGUGGCGGCGUGCUGCGGGCCGCUCUGGGACGCGGCGGCCAACAAGACGGCGUGCCUGUGCUCCAUGCUGCUCAACAGGGCCGCGCUGCGGGCGUUCGGCGUGGCGCCCGAGCAGGGCCUGGUCCUCGCUAGGCGAUGCAACGUCACCACCGACGCCUCCGCCUGCGCCGCCGGAGAUUCGGAUCAGGUGCCACAACCGCCGAACCGCGUGCGCACCGCGAUCCUGUACUCGUCCACGGAGGCCGACGCCGUCGCCACCGCCUACGACGGGGACAACGACAAGCCCCGCCAGCAGUUCAAGGACGUGGACGUGAUGAAGCGCGGCGUCGGCGAGCGCGUCUUCCUCGUCGCUGAGGCGGACAACUAG